AUGACGGCGGCGACCGCCGGAAAACCGCCGGGCAUGGUCGCGGGAAAACUCAUCGGCGGCGGCGGUGAAAAAGGAAAACGCGGUGGCGGCGUGCGCGUACGACGAGGCGGCCCGGCGGGGAGAAGGACCGUCCGCACACGUGUUCGGAGACGAACUACCGUCAACGACGUCCGAGCAAGUCGGCCGAUCUGCUCGCGGCGCUCCGACGUCUGCGCCCGCCAUCUGGAUGAAACGAACGCCACGCCACCCGUACCGACGCCCACCGCCGCCACGACAAACCGCCGUUUGAAAUGA